UCUCUGGAUUUGCCGUGACGCGCAGCCUCGUCCUGUGUUUGGGUGCUUUACUCGGGUAUAGGAGAACUGUGGAGUACACAUAAACCAGGACUAGCUGUCCGGAGCGGAUCUUGAAGAUCAAGGCACACUAUGGAUGAAGAGGAACAGUUUGUUAACAUUGAUCUGAAUGAUGACAAUAUCUGCAGCGUCUGUAAGCUAGAGACAGAAACGGGGACCUUAUCUUUCUGCCACGUCUGCUUUGAACUCAGCAUUGAAGGCGUCUCCUCUGCUACCUUGUUGCACUCCAAGUCCCUGCGAGGCCACAGAGACUGCUUUGAGAAAUGUCAUCUCAUUGCCAACCAGAAGCUGUCACGAUCCAAGGUCUCCCGGAGCGCCUACGAGGGCAUGAAGCUGGCCCUCAGCCAGAAACUGAACCGCAUCAUUCAGUACGCCCAGAACAAAGACUCCGUCUCCUCCAGUGGCCCGAACAGACGGGGGGCUAAGCUUCUGUGUUACGGCCAGCAAAAUGACCGCAAGCUGCUCCCCCAGUCGGACGCCCAGGUGCCCCGCUACACGCCCUGCUGGGACACGGGCAAAUCAACAGGGCCGGCUGACUACACGAUGGGUAUGCUGGAGCGCCACACAGCCGAGGAGCUGGGACUGCUGCAGGAGUCGCGUUCUGACGUUUGGUCCAACGACAGCAGGAGAGGUCUUCACAGCCGGAAGCCAUCAGGAGGAGGACAGCAGCGCGCGCACCAGGGUCACAGCAGAGAAGAGCUGACUAAAAUGAGUGUGGAUGAGCUCCAUCAGCUAAACGCCCAGCUACUCCUGCAGAUUCAGAAGGUCUUUGAGGAGUUGACAGUUGCCGUGCAGGAGAAAGACUCGCUGGCAUCUGAGCUGCACGUGCGUCACAUUGCCAUCGAACAGCUCUUUAAAAACUGCGCCAAGCUGCCCUGGCUGCACAUUAGCAGGGCCGGGGUCAAGGCCAGCAGCAGCAGCAGCACUGUGGAGUGAGGUGCUGGGAGGCGGCUUUUGAUUGGCCGCUGGGAGGAAACAGACGAACACUUGAGACUGCAGAAUGCAGAACGUGUAACCUGGAGGACACUAGAGCACCGUUAAGGGCUGGACUGACGUGGUGUUUGUUUUCAUGGUUGGAGUGAUGAUGCGAGGUUUAAAGGUGGUUUGCAAACACGUUUCUGCUCUGAAUUCCAGCCGAACCGAGUUCACAUGAGAUGUUAGCAGCAGGUAAACAGCAGCACAUUCCUGGGACAGGACGAGGCUGUUUUUAAUGGACAAGAUCACGUUUUUAAUUUCAUAUAUGUUAUUAUUUUCAAAGACUGAAAAACGGUUUUAAAAAUGUUCCAAACACAUUUGUUAUCAUCAUCCUUUUGUUUUAGUUUUCUGACACAUUUUCCUUUCUUUUGUUUUGGAUUCUGAGAGUUUGAUUCUGUUUUUUGUUUGUUUGUUUUUUUUGGAUGAUUUCAAAUGAACAGUGACCGUCCCAAUCAUGCUAUAAGCCACUGCCAGCAGUUUGAUUAUUAAUGUCAUGGAAAGCCCCAACAAGUUAGCAUCUACUGACAGUAUUAUGGGUUGAAAUGUCUAUUGUAAAGUUGACUACAGAUUUUGACAAGACUACGACCGUAACUGGCAAAGUUUCAAAUAGUUAUACGUGUCACUACAAGCAGUGGCAAGUACUUAUCUGUGUCUGCUUGCCACACUUAUUCUAAAUAAGACAUUAUGAAAAAUGGUUACGGUUACAGAGUAUCUGAAAUCCUAAAGGUGAAAACUUUUGAUUGAAUUCAGCUUCUGGGUUUAUUGUGCUGACAGGAUUUGCUCACUGUAUAAUACAAAGCUGUCUUUUUUGUUUUUUAACCAUUGUGUAUGAGAGGCUAUGCACUGAAUGGAAGUGAACCGGCUGCCAAACCAAAGUUUCUAUUUGUUCUGUUUUGUGUGUGAAUUACAAACGUUUGAUUUUUGAACAGCUUUCGAAACAAUUCGUUCCUGUGUGUAUUCAGCGUAUGUGUUCUUAUUUAUCUUCACUGUUACCUUGGCUUGCCCUCUCUCAUGUGUUAAAGAGCUAAGUUGAUGUCAUAGCAACACAUAUGGGAUAGUCUGCUGUACUCUCUCUGCAGGUCCCUGAACAAGUCAACGAGAGAUGUGGAGACAGUUUUUGAGUUAGUAUGUUCUUCAGGACCCUAUGCAAAGAAAGAGACAAAUAAAUGAGAAGCCUUAUAAAUAUGAAAUAUAUAUUGAUUAUAGGUGUUUCAGGGCUCUCAGAGCUACUCAAAAUAUAAUAAGCUGGGAAAGGACAAGGUUAGAGUGAUGUUUAGAAAAACUCAGCAUUGUAAGUGUCGUGCGUUCUCUUUGUAAGAGAUUAAAUGUGUUUAGCCCAUUUUGGGGUUUAAAAGACUUCAUUUAAAUUGUAGUCUUGGUUUUAGUUGGAUACCUGUGUUCAGCGCUUGAGAGAGUGAAUAUUUAGAUUCCUAGUCCUAAAGCUCAGUCCUUAAGUCUUUGGUUUUUGGGGUUUUUUGUUACGUGUGUUUUGCUUCUGAAUGCUGUGUGUUUUUGCGUGCUAUGGAAACAUGCCUGAGCUCGUGCCCCUGCUCAGCAGGAAACUCUAGCUGCCUGAUUUUGAUCUCUCGUUCUUUUUUUUUUGGUGGUUUUAUGAUCUUCUACUGUUACCAUACCUGUUAUACUUCCACUCUCUUUAUUUAGACUGGACUGUUGAUUUGUUCUCUGAUUUUGAACAUUUCUGCAUUUGUGGUAUUUUUGUGAUUUUUGUCUUUUAUUUAUUGUGUGCAUUUUGUGCUUAA